AUGCCGGAGGCCACAACACCAGUGGCUCAAGAAUGCCUCAAUUAUGAAGCGACGAAGUUACGCGAGAUGUUCACCAAAUUAUUCUCCUCGAACGAGCAAGAUCUGGCAAACAAGCUAAAGGUAAGAGCCUUCUUUUGUCUGGGAAAGGUGGAAGAAAACGAAAACCCGAGCUCACUGAAAAUAGUCCUCAGAUCAGAGGACGAAGUGAAAUCGGUGCUCCAGAGAGCCCAUAAACUGAAAGGAGAGACGUUACGUCUACACCGAGACCUGCAACCGGAAGACAGAGAAAAGCUGAAGGCAGCCCUAAGUGAGUUACACGAACGCAAGGCUAAUGGCGAGAGUAACCUGUACAUUCGAGAUUUGGGGUUCUGA